CCUUUGUGACCCGCGCCAUGUCACGACAUAAAAGCCGUCGCCGCCUCGCCGCCCCCCCCAGUGCCUGUCAGGACAGGGCAGGAGCGAGAGGGAGCGAGCCGGAGACCCCCCCGAGCGGAGCUUCAUUCCCUCCCUUCGUUCCCCCCCCCCCACCAUGGCAGACAACCCCCCCCCCGUUCGGCCCCGCAUGGCCUGGGUGGACAGCUGGGCCACCCCCAUCGACGAAUCCUCCGACUUCCUCGAGGUGGAGAAGGAGGAAGAGGAGGAGGAGGAGGAGGUCGUGCCGCUGCAGGGCCCCUUCGACGACCUGGCCGUGUACCGGGAGGAAGAGGAGGCCGUGACCGCCAUUGACGCCUUUGUAAGCGACAAGCAGAAGAGCCGCCUGAGCGAGGAGCAGAAAAUGAAGUUCCUGGAGAGCGUCUGCAACGUCUGCACCACCGCCCGCGAGAGGGGGCUGUCGGCGGGCCUCGGCCGCUUCUGCCGCCGCACCGACGUGGCCAGGCACAUCGAGCACGGUGCAGGUGAUCACGGUGAGGGAGAUGCUGCGGCUGCUCAACACCUGCUUCCAGAGCGUCUUCCUGCUGCCCCCCAAGGAGAAGCUGAACGCGCGCUUCUACGUGAUGACCAUGCACGCCGUGGACAGCAUGCUGCAGCUGCUGCUGCUCAGCCCGCCGGCCACCAAGCUCCCGGAGAAGCUGCAGAGCGUCGUGCAGGCCCUGAUGCGUUUCUGCACCUCCCCGAACGCCCUCGCCCGCAGGAGAGCCAUGGAGAGGGUCUGCAAGCUGGGCGAGUUCCUGGCCAAGUGCUCCUCGCUGGAGCCCUUCGGGAGGUACCUGAGGAUCUCGCAGAGGACGGACCUCGUCCUCACCUGCCUCCAGCUUGUGACGGAAGGGGUGCGCGACGAGGACCAGCACUGGGUCUCCUUUCUGCUGGACGCGACCUCCCGAGACCCCGUCAGCUGGCUGGCGGACGUCCCGCACUUCGUCAACUUCUUCUUCAAAACGCUGAAGAAGCGGCCGGCGCCCGACGUGCGGGAGAGGCUCCUGGAGCUGCUCGUCCUCCUCACGGAGUGCUUCCCCCGCUCCGUGCUCAUGACCGUCCUCUUCAUCUGCCCGUCGCACGAAAGCGCCUCCAUGGACCUGUGGGAGGUGAUGUUUGCCACGCCCGCCAUGGCGAAGCGGCUCCUGCACGAGCUCCACCUGCUGCUGCACGACAGCAACAUCCGCGAGUUCCUCGGGGCGGCCGAGGACCUCAGCCUCGUCCGCCUCAGCCUCCUCUACGCCCAGCGCCCCGAAGACCCCGUCCCCAAGGAGCUGCGGGACGUGGAGUGCCUGCAGCGCUGCCUCCGGACGGCCAACUUCCACCUGCUCUGGCUGGCGCUCAAGGGCCUGGCGGCGCUGAUGGAGAGGCCGCAGCUGGUGAGCCUCCGCCCUUCUCCCCUCCCCGUUCCCGGCCUCGGCUGGCGGCGCGGCGGCCUCCUCACGCCCCGGGCUCGGCGUUUUCGGCGCAGGCCAACGCGGGGCGGUGCCUGCUGCCGGACGUCCUGGAGACCCUGCGCUUCGGCAAGCCCCAGAUCACGGCGGCGGCCCUGGCGGUCUGCGGCAACGUCCUCGGCAUCAUGGAGAAGAAGGCGGCCAGCCUCACCGCCCUCGAGCUGGUCGACGUGGUCAAGCCUCUCCUGGACGACGAGGCCGCCGUGGUGCGGGAGAGCUCCAUGAAGCUCUUCAAGGCGGCCGCGGAGCGCGUGCUGUGGAGGCACAAGACGCAGAUGUGGAAGAAGGUGCGCAAGAUCCUCGUCCCGCUCUACCUGCGCAUGAGCGACGAGACCCACAGCGUGGCCAAGGCCUCCCAGGAAGCCCUCAUGGCCGCGGCGGAGCUCUUGUGGUGGGAUGAGCUGAAGGACGUGGCCCACAUGGAGCAGACCUGGAGGAUCAGAGCGUGCCUGCUGCAGCAGGAUCGAGACCGGGUGGAGAAGCGCCUACAGCAGAGCCGGGCGUACCUGGAGGACCCUCAGGCAUCCGUUCGCGAGGAGACCGUGAGGUUCAUCGGGCUCGCCGCGGAGCACCUCCAGGACCAGAGCGAAGAGAAGCUGCGCGAAAUCAUCGGGAUCCUGCAGCCGAUGAUGCACGACGCGGAGCCCUCGGUGCGCGUGGAGACCUCCCGCACCAUCCAGGCCCUGCUGCAGCAUCGCAAGUGGCUCCGGCGGCUGCGGGUGCCGUGGAACCCGCUGGCGGCGCUCUGCUGCUGGCCUCUAAGGCGCCGGCAGAGGCCGAAGACCGAGCCCCAGCCUCAGGAGAGCCCAGAAAGUUCCAUCUCCGAAGGGACCUCCAAGGAUCCAUCCCCCGGCCAGAGCAGGGACAAGUAGCUCACCUCACGUCCGCAGGGGGUUCGGAUGCCUGCAGAGAAGGAGCCUCCGCACCCCCCGCCCCGGGCGGCCUGCUCCACGUUCCGCCACCCUCACCACAAAUAAAUUCCGUCUCCUGU